AUUUAAACCUCUUGCCACCCACAUUCUCUUACCACAUUCUAGGAGGGGGUCAACAAAAUUUCUUGUAUGACCUUCUCCACCAAGCACUAGGCAAAACCUUUUAAUUUCCUAAAAAAUAUUAAUAAAAAAAUGGAAGAGAAUAAAAAGAAGAAGAACAUUAUUGUCCUAGGUGUUUGUUCUUUGAUCCUGAUAGCUAUGGUUGUGGCGAUUACCAUCGGAAGCCAAGAGGCAGGCGUGGAGGCAGAAGCCGAAGGUCUGGCUGCCUCCCGAAAAGCCAUAGAAUCCGUAUGCCAGCCCACCACAUAUAAGAAAACUUGUGUCGAGAGCCUCUCAGCCUCGAAUGCAACACACUCUUCGGAUCCUAGACAACUUAUACAAGUCGCAUUCAAUGUCACAAUGAAUGACAUUCGCGCUUCGAUCAAGAAUUCGACACUCUACACGAGUCUUAAAGAUGACCCUAGAUCGAAACUCGCAUUGCAGAAUUGUGAAGAGCUCGCAAACCAUGCUAUAGAUGAUCUCCAAAGGACUUUGGCCAAGUUCCAAGAUUUCGACGUGCUGGAUUUGGAUAAUUGGCUGGAUGACCUCAAGACAUGGCUCAGCGGUUCUCUCACUUAUCAAGAAACAUGCUUGAGCGGAUUUGAAGAAAUCCCUGGAAAUGAAGAGAAACAGAUGAGAGAGGUUUUAACAAAAUCCAUGGAAAUGACCAGCAAUGCCCUUGCUAUGGUCACUGAAGUCUCUUCCCUUUUCACCAGUCUUGAAGUCGAAAAUGUUACCAACAAACGCCGUCUUCUGUCAAAACAUAGAGAUGACUUCUCGGAUUGGGUGAGCUCCGGAAGGCGAAGGCUUCUCACGGCCAGCCUCAACGAGGUAAAACCCAAUCUCAUUGUCGCGAAGGAUGGGUCGGGGAACUACACGAGCAUAAAUGAAGCCUUAAAAAAUAUUCCCACGAAAAGUGAAGAAACAUUCAUUCUCUACAUCAAAGAGGGCGUUUACGAAGAGCAAGUCACCAUUUACCGUAACAUCACCCAUCUCACUAUGAUCGGCGACGGUUCGAACAGGACAAGAAUCACCGGAUGGUUGAAUUUCAUCGACGGGGUUUCCACUUAUCACACCGCUACCGUUGCUGUUCUGGGAGAUUAUUUCAUGGCGAGGGACAUCGGAUUUGAGAACUCGGCCGGGCCGGAAAAGCAUCAGGCGGUGGCUCUGAGGGUCGGCGCCGACAAGUCAAUCUUCUACAACUGCAAGAUGGACGGGUACCAGGACACACUCUACGCGCACACGUACCGCCAGUUCUACCGCAACUGCGAGAUCUCCGGCACCAUCGAUUUCAUCUUCGGCGACAGCGCCGCCGUGCUACAGAACUGCACCAUCGUCGUCCGGAAACCGCUGGAGAAUCAGCAGAACAUCGUGACGGCUCAGGGCCGGAAGGACCCGCACCAGCCGACCGGGCUCGUCUUGCAGAAUUGCACCAUCGUGGCGGACCCGGCUUACUUCCCCCACCGGUUCACCCUCAAAUCGUACCUCGGCCGGCCGUGGAAGGAGUUCUCGAGAACCGUUAUAAUGGAGUCGUACAUUCCCGAUUUCAUUCAGCCGGAGGGGUGGUUGCCGUGGAUGGGGGAUUUCGGGCUGGAGACCCUAUUCUACACAGAGUUCAACAACAGGGGACCCGGAUCUUCCAAAGAGAACCGGGUGAAUUGGGCCGGAAUCAAGGAGCUUCCCAAGAACCAAAUCAAACGGUUCACCGCCGGGAAAUUCAUCGACGGGCAUAGUUGGAUCCGGCACUCCGGCGUGCCAUACAAUCCCGGCCUCAUUUACACGCCGCCGAAGAAGGACAAAUCCGUGAAGUACUCGCACGUAGACGAAGACGACUUCAAAGAUAUGGGAUCUAAAGAAAAGGAGGCCUACGCUUCUCGUCCCGUUCAAAAGUCAAUUAGCGUUCCUCCCUUCCCAGCUCCGGCGUCGGCUCCGGCUCCGGCUCCGGCUAGUGCUGAAACUCAUGUUUACGAAUCUGCUGUAGAAGCGCCUAAUGCAUAUAAUGAUUGGAUUUGGAUCUAAGUUGACACAUGUUUUUGAAUGAUUAACAAAAUUUGGGAGAGGUU